AUGACGGUCGUGGAUAGGGUAUGCGAUGCCGCGGUGCGCAAUCAUGCACUUCUCGCAAUCCUAUCCGAAACAGAAAAUGCAGUAGAGAGUCUGUCACGACAAAAGACUCGUGUCGCUGAGCUAGACACGAGUCUAUCGAAAUUACGCCAAGACAUCCAGCACCUCGACGAGAAGCGCAAAUCGGACCUGAAGAGGCACAAGUCAUACCGCGACAGCGUUGUCAAGAAAUUGGCGUACCGCCUCAGUGGCCAGAGCGAUGAGUUUUCACUUCGCAAGGAAAAGGAGGAAAGCGAGUAUUUGCAGGCACUACAAAAGGAGCGCCUCGCCAAGGAAGAAGAGAGCAGGCUUUUGGUAGAGAGACAAGAGGCUCUACAGGUGCAGCAAUCACUUCAAGAUGUAGUUGAACGGCGCAAAGAAGCUCAGAAUGAAAUUGAGAUGCUCUACGACAGCAUUUUUAGUGGGCCAACCCCAGAGUUCCCAGAAGAGGAUGAACUAGAGUCCAAGGCUGCAAUAGCAUUAAAUGUAUAUCACUGCGCAGCAGUCAAGGAUGAGUCGAACCGAAAGAUUGUCAGGAUUCUCACAGAAGCACGACAAUUAGCAACCAAGGGUGUCGCCGAUAUCGUUGCAGCUCUGGAAGGUGGUCAAAUGGCCUCGACCGCCUCCGUGAGGAGAAGAUUGGGCAAUGCUGACCAGGCGUUGAAGAAGAUGCAAAGCCUAGUCAGAGGAUUGUCUCCUGCUUUCCAAACAUUACCAGCCGUGAACAUCCGCCUUCAGCUGAUUGAUGACAGAGUAUCUGACAAUCCAUGGAGCAUGACGGUCUUUCGGGACAAGAUACGCGAUUGGAGAGCUGAAGCCCAAGCUUGUGUAGAUGAGCUCGACAAACACUUGAGCACGGCAAGGUCCAAAAGCGAUCAGAGCCACCAAAGUAUGAUUGCCAAGUCGCAGGAUCUGGUCGAAGCUAGAACAACCCUACAGUCAUGCCGGACUGAGAUUUUUGCCAUUAUUGAAUCGGCCGAGGAUCAUGCAAGGGAGGGCGAAAGCCCACCACCUUACUGA